AUGGGAGAUGUUAAAGUAGACGACGAUGCGAUUCUAAAAUCAUUCCUCGCCGAGGUCGGUGAGGUUGAGAGGGACAACGAAGUCGUCAGGAUUCUCUCAUGCUUCAAGCUGAACCCGUUUGAGCAUCUUAACCUAUCUUUCGAUUCUUCCACAGAUGAUGUUAAAAGACAAUACAGAAAGAUAUCUUUGAUGGUUCACCCUGACAAAUGCAAGCAUCCGCAAGCACAAGAGGCUUUUGGAGCGUUGGCAAAAGCGCAACAACUACUUCUGAACGACCAAGAAAGAGAUUAUAUUCUCACCCAAGUCCAAGCUGCGAAAGAAGAGCUUAAGAUGAAGAGAAAGGAACAGUUGAAGAAAGAUACCGCCUCUAAAUUAAAGUCCUUGGUUGAUGAGGGAAAGCAUGAGCAAAUAUAUGAGCAAUCUGAAGAGUUUCAGAAAGAGCUGAAGUUAAAGGUCCGAGAGAUAUUAACAAACCAAGAGUGGCGUAGGAGGAAAAUGGCCAUGAGGAUAUCAGAAGAAGAGGGAAGACUGAAGAAAGAUGAAGAAGAACAAAAGGAGAUACGGAAGAAAAAGCGUGAGCAUGAAGAACAGUUGGAAGGAACGAGAGAAAACAGGGUAUCAAGCUGGAGAGACUUUAUGAAAGCAGGAAAGAAGGCCAAAAAGGGAGAGACACGUCCUCCAAAGUUGAAGACAGAGGAUCCAAACAAAUCAUACGUCCAAAGACCGGUCAAGAAAGGCUGA